CCAUAGACAAAAGAGUGUAGAAGUUUGCGAGGUGAUCGAUUUUACCGGCCUCACAAAAACUUCUCAACGCCAUUUUUCUUUGUUUGCCGUGCGCGUGUGAACAAAAUCUGAACGGCUGGGUCGCGACCGCCCUCAGCUCCAAGAAAUGGCGAACACGUUUCGCGCCGUGACGGUGUCCUCCGUCAACAAUGACGGAGUUCUGACGCCGCGCUUCAAUUUUCCCACGAACGUAAACGUGGAUUACGACCCUCAGGGGUUGAGUGUGAAAGUGAUCCGUGCAGACCCUGUGCUGGCUCAGGAGGUGCUCGAGUUCCCAGUCCACAACCAGAGUGAAUGUUCCCGAGUAGCGGCCCAGUCUUACAUAUUCACGAUAGACAAUGAGACACUAUUUUUCAAGUUCGCGUCAGACACAGACUGUCAGAACUUCCACUUGCUGGUUACGAAGAUCAAGGCGGGCCGGUCUUCCUCCGUGUUCACCGUACGAACAGAGGACUCGUCGGCGAUGCAGUAUUUCCAGUUUUAUGGUUACCUGAGUCAGCAGCAAAACAUGAUGCAGGAUUACGUGAGAACCAGUACUUACCAGCGCGCGAUACUAUCGAACAUCAACGAUUUCAAGAACAAAGUGGUUUUGGACGUCGGGGCAGGUUCAGGUAUUUUGUCCUUUUUCGCCGCCCAGGCGGGUGCGCGGAAGGUUUACGCUGUAGAGGCGAGUAACAUGGCGCAUCACGCACAAGCCCUCGUCCGCGCCAACGGUCUCCAGGACCGUAUAUCUGUUGUUGCUGGUAAAAUUGAAGAAAUUGAACUGCCAGAGACAGUAGAUGUAAUUAUUUCUGAACCCAUGGGUUAUAUGUUAUACAAUGAACGUAUGUUGGAAACAUACCUGCAUGCUAAGAAGUGGCUGAAGCCAAACGGUCACAUGUAUCCCACCAGAGGAGAUCUACACAUAGCACCAUUCACCGAUGAUGCUCUAUUCAUGGAACAAUACAACAAGGCAAACUUCUGGUAUCAAAAUUGCUUCCAUGGAGUGGAUCUGAGUGCAUUACGCACAGCAGCAAUGAAGGAGUAUUUCAGACAACCAAUUGUUGACACAUUUGAUGUCCGCAUCUGCAUGGCACGAUCUGUGAGACAUGUAGUUGAUUUCUUGAAUGCCAGUGAAACUGAUCUGCAUCGAAUUGAAAUACCAUUCAGAUUUGAGUUGACACAGUCUGGCACGUGCCACGGUCUAGCUUUCUGGUUUGAUGUGUUAUUUGCUGGCAGCACACAACACAUUUGGCUCUCAACAGCCCCCACAGAGCCACUUACACAUUGGUAUCAAGUCCGGUGCCUAUUGGAAACACCAAUUUUUGCAAAACAAGGACAUACAUUAGUAGGCAGAGUGCUGUUACUUGCAAAUAAACGACAGAGUUAUGAUGUGACUAUGGAAGUGAGCCUUGAAGGCACAAAUAUAACUUCGUCCAAUACAUUAGAUUUGAAGAAUCCCUACUUCAGAUACACGGGAGCCCCAGCGGCGCCGCCUCCGGGCGUCAACACCACCUCGCCCAGUGAAGCAUAUUGGAACUCCAUUGACACAACGGGAGCGUUGAGCAAUGGGCAAGGGGUGAUCCUCACAGAUGGCUCGCAGCAGUACUGCCAGUCACAGAUCAAAACGGUGAUGCUCCAAGAGGAAUUCAUCAAGCGAAUUGGGAUAAGUCAAAACGGGGACAUAUAAUCCGCAAAGUCGCGCCGUGCGCGCCUUAAGGCUAUAAGGAACCGUCGUUAUCGGUUGUGAACAAUCUUCCGUUCAGACUAUAGUGUGUAAGAGGACUUAUUUAUUUCAAGACAUCACAGUGCAGAAGACUUCUAUAGUUGUCGAGUAAUAAUCAUGGAGAUAGGGACUUUGCAGCUGGCCUUUCUAAAUCUAAGUGACACGCAAUAAGAACACUAAGCGCCUUUUUGGUAGUUUUGUUUUUAAAGUUUGACGCUUACUAGAUACUAGUGUGAUACAAUUUGUAAUAUAGUCUGUCUAUAUUCAUGUUUGAUUAAGUAUAUAAAAUGACAAUUAUUGUGCAUGCCUAUUUUCAUAAAAAUGAAAUAUGUCAGUAACAUUUUGUAUAUUUUGGUAGUACACAUAAAUGAUUUUGAUGACAUCUGCAAGUUUAUUUUUUUUGAGAAAUCAAGGACCUAGAUUUUAUUGACAAGAAUAUGCAAAUUGUUUUGAUAUUUUCAUGACAUUCAGACAGACUAUUAAUGUUAUAAUAAGAAAUUGUUGUAAAUAGGCCAGAUAAAGACAAUUUUAGCGACAAAACUGGCCAAAAAGCGUCAUUUGGGGCUAGGGCAGCUCUAAGGCUGGUAUCUGUUAGUAGCUUGAUAUUUGAAUGCUGGUAGAAAUACCUAUUUAAUUUUGUAACAUACUAAACAAACAAGCAUGUUUGUUGUAAAAGCAUGUUGUUUAAAAUAUAAAAUGUUUUUUUAAAGAAACUCAAUUGAUUUAUUGCCAUAGUAAAUCAAUUAUUGCAAUCUCAUUUUAUAUCCAUAUUUUAUUAUAAGAAUGGAAAUAUUUAAAAUAAACAGUUGCAUAAUGAAUAAUGACUUUAGUUAUGGAAUAGCAAUAAUUUCUUGAAGUAAGAUUGCAAGACUCAGUCAAAUAUCAAGCUACAAAUAGGAGACAAGAUGUAUCAAGCAGGUUCUAGAAUGAUCUAGAAACACAUGGAAAGUUUGGAUUGUCGUGACAGUAUUAAUUGCCCCACACAUUGGCAUCUGUUUUGCAAAUGAGCUGGCUAUGUAAAAGCAAAACAAACACAUGGGCUGGUUGUUUGAUAUAUCUACAUAUUGAACCAAACAUUCACUGUUUGCCUGGUUUGCUGUAUGAAAAGCAAUAUGGGAAAAGAAUGACUGAAUGAAUAAGUGGGAAUACAUCAAGUAUCAUACUUUUGUAAGGAAUAAAAUGGUUUUGUCUUAGCUAUGUCAUAUUUAAGACAUUAAUUUGAUAUUAAGAAUUUAGUCUAGGCCUAUGUUAAAUUGCAGACAAUAAGGUUGAUGCAAAUUGCAAUGUUUGGGGCAUAAAUGUAAUACCCAUGAAUAAAAACAUGUUUUGUGAUUAGCACUUCGAAAUUCAGCGUGUCAAAUGUAAUGUUCUCUUUUGGUCUAUUGAUUCAGCCAGAUACUUCAGUUGAACAGGUGCUAAUUAGUUUACCAAACUCUGCUUGAUAUAGCUUGUAGUAAUAUAACUUAGCGGUUGAAGUACAUUUAGAAAUAAGCAAUAAGUGCUGGUAAAUAAUGAUAAUGCUUAUCAUUGUCAAUACUCAUUAAUCAAUAUUAGACCAGGCUCAAUCAUAGCUAGGUAGCCGUAUCUAAGUCCAGUGAUUGUAAAGUCAGUCCAGUUAUAUAAUUUACUGAAAAAUCAUGUAAAAUUCCUGUCUGCCAAACGAAAUAGACUUGAAAUAAGGUUGCAAGUCACUUAAAUAUUUUUGUGUUUCUUUACAUACAUUUGUCUUGAAGGUACAACACUGGGAGUUGCCACAUUUUGAUAUUUGAUUAUUUGAAAACUGAUAUAGAAAUUACAAAUAAGUUAUGUGUAUUUGAUGAAUCAUUUAUGUUAUGUAUAAUUGUCCAUUUAAGUGACUUACAACAAAUUAAUUUUGGAAAUACGACAGCUGUACUGCAAAGUAUUCCCAUUUGUAAAUAUAGAUUAAUGAUCCCUUUCUGUUUGAAAUCCUUGAAGUAAAUCAACAGUAUUGAUUUGCGUUCGGAUUCUUAUGCCAUAUCAUUUGUUAUAAUUGUAAUUCUAAUGAAGGGGGACACUAGACGCCACUCCAGACUCGACAUGUCUCAGCCUUGUAGACGAUCAAUCGCGAUCAACUGACGGAGCUGUCAAUCGCAUUUACAAUCAUUAAAAUAAUUGAAGAACUCUGCGACUUUUUAUUUUAUUUACUUUUUGAUCUUUUCGUAAAUAGUUUUUCAGCCACCUAUCGGCAAAAACAAAUAUGUUUAGAAAUGUUAAUCUUGAGCGAAUCUGCCGUCUUGAUUUUUGUUUUUGCUUAUUAACUAUAAAAUGAUGACGUAUCAUCAUCAAGAAACGUAAAUAUGAUGUAUCAUAUUUUACUUAGAUUUCUCCAUGAUGGAGUGGCGUUAUGUGUUCAUAGUGAUCAAAUAUACAGGAAAUUGUAUGAGUUCGCACGCAAUUUUGUGAUUAAAACAAUACACUUUUAUUCUUUGUUUAUAGUGAUAAAGCUAGAUACUUUCCCGUUGACUGCAUUUGAUAUUUGGUGCUUAUUUUCGGCCUUCUAUUGGGUCACACAGCAUACUUGCCUUAUUGCACAUAAAUGCUGACAUAGUUAAAACAACACUACCUCAUAAUUUGGCAGACGGACUUAGAGAUGUUAAAAUGAAUUUUUGGUUUUUAUUUCAUGACAAUAUAUGGUUGGUAUAGGUCAUUUUGUUUUUAUUGCUCUCGCGCUCAGUUUACAGCAAAACGUGGAGCAAGGCAACAGAAAUUUGGACAAAAAUCCGAAGAAUUUUGUUAGUCCAAUACUUAAUUAGCAUGAGCCAAAGACACGUUUAUGUGAAAUAGUUUUUGAAUUAAUGAGGGGGUCAAAAGUGGCUUCAAAUGGUUCGUGUAAUACACACGGUGGUGCUGCUCGCCGGUUCUGUUACUUGAACUUGGCUUGACAAGCUACCGCGUGUGUAGAUACCCAACCUCCUUCAAAAAUCAAUGCUACCAACAUAUUUGGACAAACUUGCAGUUUUAUCUUCGAGAUCAAAAUGGGGAGCACUGAAAGGUCUUUGUUACCGUCACCCUAACCCCUACUUAAUCCAGAAAAUGAUAAAAUGACCAGCCUCUCAUCCCACUGGGCACAGGCCUCUAUUCAACCGGAGGUGGUAUGUACCAGAAAAAUCCCAUGGAAAAUAUAAAACAAUGCCUUAGCUAUUAGGCGCCAUCAUUUAUUGGCAAAUACGUAUGGAAAUUCAUGCUGUAUCCCAUAUGGGGUAAGUAGAAAACAAGAGAAAGCUCAUAAAAACGGAUAACUUAUAGAAUACUAUACUAGCGAUCUUGGUCCACGUUUUGCUAAGCGAUUCUUGAAGCCCGACUUGCCAUAGAACUAUUGACAGGAAGAUUGUAAUGAGAAUGAAUAAUGGAAUAAAAUUACUUUUUAUUUCAACGUAA